AUGGAGAUUCCUAGGACACACCAGGAAAAACUACACAACGCAGAUCGCAGGGCCAGAGAACUUUAUCGCUACUACCGGCCUGCUUCUCAGCCUGAGGUGGUUCCAUCCUGGUUUUCUGCGGCCACCGACGGUUUCCAUUUCUCUGCAGCCUCGGGAACCACAGUCACCCCACCGAUCUCCGAAGGCUCAUUGCCUUCGAACAGCAGCGCAAUCCCACGACCAGCUACCACGAUCGGCUCAGAUGCUCUAGUCCUAGGCACCUCGAAUGGCACGUUGACCUCCUUUGCCCAGCUAGCGGCUUUGCGUCUCAAUGUCGAGCGGGUGCUCAUAUCCGUAUUGGAUCGUGAUAUACAACAUAUUAUUGCCGAAGCAACAAGGUCUCUCAAUUUAAGCGAUCCGUCAAUUCACGACGACAACGAUGAUGUUUGGGUGGGGCCGUCCGACACCCGCAAGACAUGGAGUAUAUGCAAGGAUACUGUUGCACUUCCGCCCAACGACCGCGAAAACACAGACUAUCAAUUCCUAGUUGUGGACGACAUGGCCACAAACGAGCGCUAUAAACACCUUUCGUUUGUCGAAGAUGACCCCAAAUUUCGCUUUUACGCAGGAACUCCCUUAACCACCGAGAACAAAAUCAACUUGGGAUGCUUUUUUGUAUUGGACACAAAACCCCGAGAUGGGUUGACACAGUUGGAGAAGGAUACAAUGGGGUCUCUAUCGACGCUUGUGAUGGACUACUUGAAGAUUUGCAGACAGGCUUCCGAGGGACGUCGAGCUGCGCGCCUUUCCCGCGGGUUGAGUUGUUUCGUGGAGGGAAGUUCCAGUUUUGUGGACAACAUCGAUCCAUCGCGGACCGGCAGUAUUGGCCCUUCAUCAACGGCCCCGACGUCUUCCUACAAUCGAAUGAGUGCUUCUGGUGGUUCUCGCGGAUCUCGCGGAAACAGCGCAGAACAUGCAUCGCAAUCGACAUCCAAUAGUCCACCGAAUGACCGAUCACUCAGUAAUGACACUCGGUCAUUCGGAUCUGUGGCCUCUGAUUUGAAAUUGGACAGUAGCGAUUCAAAAUUGGACAGUGGAUCAAAAUUAGAGUCGGGCACGGUGGAGAGCUCUCUACCAGAAUGGUUAACAGGCAGCAGCCGCAACCGCCUCCCACCCGAUGACUCGCAAGGUAACUCCUGGUGCUUCCGCAGGGCGGCCAACUUGCUUCGCGAGAGUCUUGAUUUAAAUGGCGAAAGCGGCGUUAUUUUCCUGGAGGCCAACAAUAGCCCACUCAUGGAUGUUGAUACGGGGAGUGACUGUUCUGAUACAGGUGGUCCUGCCCCUGUUCUGUCAGCGUCAACAAAUGAUGAACCGUUCGCCCCCCAGGCUGGGUCGAUGGCGACAUGCGCUGCGGCCAAUCUAGAUCGGGCUUUCCUGCAAACGUUGCUUCGACGCUAUCCUAGAGGAAAGCUCUGGUCUUUCCACCGCGAUGGGCUCAUUUCGACAUCCGAUGAUGACGAUCAACAACCUCAGGAUAAACCCCCUCUUAGCAGCAGUUCCUCAAGCCGGUCCCCGCCUAGUGCCCCACAGCCUUCAAAGCCCUUGCGAAAACGGCGAAAAGCCGAGGAAAACUUGGUUCUCAACCAGUAUUUCCCAAAUGCCACGCAAAUAAUGUUCGUGCCUUUAUGGAAUGCUGUUUCUUCGCAGUGGUUCGCAGGAUGUUUCUGCUGGAGCACCGUGGAGACACAAGUGUUCACUACCUCCGUUGAGCUUAGUUCAGUGCUUGGAUUUUCAUCUUCCAUCAUGGCUGAAUAUAGCCGUGUUGAGUCUCUCAUUGCCGAUCGCCAGAAGGGUGAUUUCAUUGGCAGCAUCUCGCAUGAACUUCGUAGCCCUUUGCACGGAAUCUUGGCUGCUGCAGAAUUCUUGAACAGCACCCAUCUCAACGAGUUCCAGGACUCAUUGCUCGAGACUGUUAACUCCUGUGGUCGGACUUUACUGGACACAAUGAACCAGGUACUUGACUUCAGUAAAGUGGUAUCUUUGGAGCGAACAUGGCGGUCAUUGAAACGCAAGAAAGAGUCGCUCCUUGAAUUUAAAGGAUCAGACAAGCUGGCAUACCACCUAGAUACUUACGUGGCCACAGACGUGGCUAUCCUCGCCGAAGAAGUCAUUGAAGGCAUUUGUCUGGGCCAUGUGUACGGCCAGAGCUCUACCGCUUCAGCUGAUCUGCCUGUAUUGAUGCCACAUCAUCCAAAAAUGCAGAAUCAACGGUCCAGCGUGGAGGUUGUUAUUGACGUAUCAUUCCGUGAUUGGGUCUAUCGAACUCAGCCAGGCGCUCUGCGGCGUAUCAUCAUGAACCUUUUUGGAAAUGCAAUGAAAUACACAGACUCUGGCCGUGUCACCUUAUCCUUGUCAGCAUCCAGUCACUCCGAAGGACGCUCUCGGCGACAAGGUCUUGAAGACUUGGUCACCUUGACUGUGACAGAUACGGGCAAAGGCAUAUCGGAAGAGUUUUUGCGCAGCAAGCUUUACACCCCAUUUGCCCAAGAAGACUCGCUGGCUGUGGGCACUGGGCUGGGAUUGUCUAUUGUUCGAAGUUUGGUCAAGGCUUUGAAUGGCAGCAUUCGUAUUCGUAGCCGUCCUGGGGAAGGCACCAUUGUACAUGUAUCUCUCCCCUUGGCACGGCCUGUUGGCAAGGAAAGUCCGAACUUUGAGCCUUCCGGACAGCUGGUUCAACAGACUGAAACUCUAACCCAAACUCUUCUAUUGCGAGAGGGAUACCCUGGCAGACGAGCUGCCAUUUGGGGGGUUGACCCAGCAGGUGUGACUGCUAACUCCGACUGGUCUGAAAUCGCUCGCUAUAUUUCAGAUUGGUAUGACAUGGAGAUUGUCUCGUGGACGCCUGAAGCCGAUAUCGACAUUGUACUUAUGGAUGAAGCCGAUCUACCAAAGUUCCGCACCAUCGCACCGUCAGCCACGUUGCCCGCUCUUCUUGUCCUUUGCCGCAAAUCGGUGGACUAUAGCGGCGCAAGAAACGAAUGGCUACCACUGGCUACCUCCGUGAACAUCAUUCGACGUCCCUGUGGGCCGCACAAGUUGGCCCGAAGCGUGAUGAAAUGCUUAACACAUGAUCAGUCGAGAUCUGCAACGCCUGUCUCCGCCAUGCAACCCAAGAGUUUACCCCUUCGGACUACCUCGUUGCCAUCUGCAAUCGGGUCACCCCUCACAUCCUCCGCGGAUGUUCGAAGUGCUCCUGAGUUGCAGUUCCCGGAGUCCUACCCUAUGACAAUGCCACAACUGCAAUCGCCACCGCCAAUUGAAAUAUUGCCCGAGGAAGUUUCAGAAAAUCCCUUCCCAUCGCCACUACUAGAUGGAGGAGCCAACUCUUCACGUCUAGCACGGGUUCUGGUGGUCGAUGACAAUCAAAUCAAUCUCAAUCUGAUGAUGACAUUUCUCAAGAAGCGCCACCUAACCUCGCUACAUGCAGCCGAGAAUGGCAAAUUGGCAGUUGAGGCAGUUGAACGAUUGCAGAGCGGCUAUGAUAUCAUAUUCAUGGAUAUGUCGAUGCCUGUCAUGAAUGGCUUUGAAGCUACUCGUGCCAUCCGCUCGCUGGAGAAAGACACAGAUGACCGUAAGCCGGCCAUCAUUAUCGCCUUGACCGGACUCAGCAGUUCACGCGACGAGUACGAUGCCAUGGCUUCUGGUGUGGACUUGUUCCUCACCAAACCGGUGUCUUUCAGAGAAGUUUCUCGCUUACUAGGUGAGUGGGAAAAGGAUGGAAUGGAGAGUGAACGGAAGAUGGCGGCUUGA